GUUAAAGGAAGUAACUAGUUUCGAUAUUUUAGAUCAAAAUGGCGGUAUAACCAGUCCGCUUACAAAUUGUUAAAAUUACACCGUAGAAUGGAAUAAUUUGGAUUAAAAUUUAAUUUAAAUGCCCGAAUUAAAGAAGAACCGCACCACAAUCAAGCAACAGAUAUGAGUCAUGAGGAGAGCAUUGAUGCAAUGCCACUUCCGCCCCAUCCAGCCAAUGAAAACGAGUCAUUCAUUAGACGCCAUGAGCCGGUGGCAAGAACGGAUCCACCCCUUCCUUUGCCUCCACCACCAGCCGACUGGCAGUUCAAUAAGUUCCUUGGUGAAAUUGCCGAUUCCUUGAUGAUGGAGGAUUUGGUUAAAAUAAAACACCAAUUUUCAGGAGACGGUGGCAUUGGGCUAAGUGUUCUCGAAGGCAUUAACACACCGCGGGAAUUGUUUAGAAUAUUGAAAAACAGAGGUUAUUUAAACAGAAACAACAUGAUUUACUUGCAAAGUGCGCUUAAAGUCAUCGGACGAAUGGACCUCGUUCAAAAAGCUAUAGAUUUCUGUAGGGAAACGGGGAAUACUCUGCAUUUCUACCCUGCUACAGAAGAACCAGAAAAUGGUUACAGGUAUGUGCGAUUGCAUGUUGACGGCAUAGACUACAGCAACUGUACGGAUAGCUAUUUACAACAGUUGCGAGAGAGGCUGGCGUCAAUUCUGUUCCUGCCACCACAGUUCAUCAUGAUUGCAGGAAUUGAACCUUCGUCCAGUAUGCUAUUGACGUUUAUGAUACCAGAGCAGUAUUGCGAACUUCUCCUCAAUAUGCUUAAGUCUGGGGAGGUAUUUCCAUGCCUUCAGAAGCUUGGCGUUGACGUUAUUUCUGUAGAUGAACUUACAGUCAACUUAAACGGUGUCACUGAUGCAGAGAAAAUUGAAACAGAGCAACAGAGUAGGCUUAAAACAGUGUAUGAACAGUUAGCAGAGAAAACGAAGCAGCUUGAAAAAACUGAGCUUGAACUGCUUAGCAUGGGCCGUAAAAUAGACAAGCUAUCAGAAGAUUUGAUACAAGCAAAUAAAAAGGCGUUUGAUGCGGAUAAAAUCCAAGCAGCUUUUAGGAAUAUCAAUAGAGAAGCGCGCAAGGAUGUUUUUGAUUUUGAAGAAGUUUUUACAGAGCCGGUUCGUUCGUUAAUACAAACAUCACUUGACGAAUUCAAAGAUGGUUUGAAGAAAGUCGAUGAUCAUCAAAAAGGGACUGUUGUACAAAUUUUAAACAAACAUACGGACAUCCUAUCAUUCAGCAUGUUAGAAUUCUUUCAGCUGCGCGAGACUACUCUACAAAAUGAGAUAAGAAGGUUGAAGUCGUUGGUUAUUCCAUUGCAAUGCGACUUGGCCAAGUACCAAUUACUUGCAAACUUGGAAAAAGAAAAUCUGGAAGAGAGUUUGUUGGCAUUACUGCAACAACUAUUUGAAAGCAUACAAGGCUCUGUAACGGAUAUUGAGCUUACUGAUGUUGGACUUGCAAUUCUUCGGAAGAUAAGUAGAAGGCUUCGAUAUAAAGAGAAAUUGAAAAUCGAAAGAAAAUAUGAAUGGAAGAAAGACGACCGGAUAAAGAAAGAUAUGGACACCGACCAGUCAUUCUUCUUGGCUGGCAUUUUGUACAAAGAAGUGGAAACCAAGCAGAAAUUAAUCGAUUACGAAACGUUUAUCUCCGGAAUAUUAGAUGAAGUUGGGAGAGAGGACCUUAAGAGAAAGUUCUAUGAGUUGCUGAGGACAAGCCACCAGUUCCGUAGGUCUUCAAAGAUUCCAGACCAACCAAAACAAACUCCAUCAGCCCAAGCGGCGCAACAAGAUCCUGCCAUGUCAAACGCAUUGCAGAAAAUGGCUAAACAGGUGGACGAAAUGUACCAGCAGAUGAACUCCAACUUAUGUGGCCCAAGGCUGGACACUGACCCGCUGCAAACCCCACUGUUUGAUUUUCAGUCGAAACUGUUCCGAGCGAGAGGGUCGUCGACCGAUCGUGAAGAAUCGAAUAAAGAAAGGCAUGUUUCAGCCGAGCAGGUCUGACGAAACUCAAGAAAUUCAAGAAAGCAAUUGAGAUCCAUUUCAAACACAGUACGAUAUUCGGAAUUUCAACGCUGAAAAAAUCCUACUAUGGAAAGGUUUGAAAUCUGCCUAUUUUGAAAAAGGAUAAAUGUUAUUGAAAUGUUUACCUCAUCAUGUUAAAUGCAACCAGUUUGUCAUAGACGUCUAUAGGUUUUCAAGAUCGUCUUUAACAACACGUUUUAACACAUAUUGUUUAUAUGUGUCCAAUUAGUGCCUUUGCAUAUGUGCCUUAAUUUAUUUAUCACAAAAUCAGUCAUAACGCAAAACAAUAUAUAUUUCGGCAAUUGAAGUUGUUCUGAGGAAUGUGUUGGAGAUAAAAAAGAGAAUUUGAAUGAAAAAUACUUAUAAAAACACUGAAGCUAAAGAGAAUGUAAAAAAAGAAAAAAAAAAAAAAAAAAAAAAAAACAUAAAAAUACAUAAAAACAAACAGACAUGAACGAUACGUCUGUGCUACGAGUACGUGGGAGAAUAGAAAAAAAUAAACAUUUUAAGAUUUUGCAAAGUUAAAAACACUUUAAGAAGGAAACAUGUAUAAGUGUGGUUUGUGGCUAUAUAUUGUGUUGGCGUCUAAUUUCUUGCUGAAUUUUGUUUGGUCGAUUCCUACCACCAUUAUCAAUUCGAAACUGCAAACGUCGCUUCUGGAACAUUUGUUGAAUAAAGUAUGCACUGUACAAGCACAGCUUUCGGUACAGUUCUGUUUUAAACUUUGUCAAAACAAAAAAACAUUAGUAAAAUAGCUGGAGCAAUCGUUAAAAUAUAUACAUACCUUUAUCACAAUCUCUCCCCGUAACCGUCUGGAAAAUGAAUUUAGUUAUGUGUCGACUAGGAUUUAAGUCUGUAUAUUCCUUCUUAAAUAGUUGUUUAAUUCCAUGAUUGCCAUAUUUAAGUGUUUUAACUCAUCAGGCUUUUAUCAUUUCCAUGACUUAACUUUUUACAUUAAUUCUGCUUUCUUUUCAUAUACAUGUUGUAUUAUGCUUUGAUUGAAUAGUUCAGAGAGGAGAUAAAACGAAUGGAAUUUUCUUCAAUGAAAACCUAUAUAUGUUGAUUGGCGGAAAAUAAUAUGGAAGCGGGAAACCACAAAAUACUUACCACUUAAUGGUAUGGAAAUGGUAAUCUUCGUUUAAAUGUGUUCGAAUCUAACCGUCUUUAGGGACUCACUUUAGACUCUAUUUGAAAAGAUUAAAAUGGAAUGUGGGGUGUUAACUGUGCUGCACUUACAAUCAUUGCCAAUUAAAGAUCUCAAUCCAAUUACUUUCAAAUUUUGGAUGUAUUUUGUGCUUGCAUAUCAUUCACCCAUGUUGUCAUGAACAGUUUAGUUUUGUAUUUGUCGAGUUAAUCUUUGGUAACAAACAAGCCAUUCCCAAGCAAACUAUCGUAAUACCUUUCCCAAAUAGCAUUUGAGUUUUUUGCGAUUUUUAGCCUAAAUACUUGUGUGCAUAUACUUUUUCUUUUUAAAAAUCAUGAAAAUAAAAUACCUGUUGCAAACACGCUGCUGCAUUGAUUUAACACAAACAGUUUUUAUCACUAAAUUGAGUAAUAAUCUUAGUGCGUAAAAUUUGAAACCUGUUUUAUUAUGUAUGUGCAAAACUUUUAGACAUGUAUUUAGAAAUGGUUAAAGGCUGUUUAGUUCUUUACAUACUAUGAAGAAUACAACUUAUCAACACUGUUUAUACUUAACGCUUCACCUGAUUACAAUCAACAAUGGCUGACUGCUGAUUUUAAUGAAAUAGAUGUAUGAGCUAAUUCCUUCCCAUUUGACAAAAUAUUAUGUUGACCACUAAUGCAUGUUUUUUAUGAGAUAGAAGUUUGCAUUGUAUCUAAAUGGUUGGAAAUACUGAAAAAAAUGUCUCUUAGAACAAGUUACAAAAAUGAGUGUCGAUAAUAGUAAAUAUAGACAAUUUGCUUAUAAUGAAAAGUUUGUUGUAACUUGGUACAUGGGACGCAAACACGUAAAACGAUAAUUUUGAUUUAGAAUAGUUACCUCUCUUGUCAUUAUUCUAGAAUAAAUAAACAUAAAUAAUGAAAUAAAGGCAUUUAGAAAUCUU